AUGGUGCGGUUGGAAAUUAAGCGAAAUAAGACAGAAUUGGAGCAUAGUGUUUUAUCCCUCUGGAUUAUCCCAUGGUAUGUUUUAAGGUUAAGAUUGUCGCUUACCAGUGUAGAGGAACUUCAACAAUCGACUUUGCUUCAAUGUAACAAAUGGGAAGCUUAUGACGAAUCCACUCAGAAACAGUAUGAACCCUCUUUGUUCACAAAUCCUCCUAUCUCAGAAUCAUUGAAUUCUUCUAGUGUUGUUGCAGCCGGCGGCACGUUUGACCAUCUGCACGUUGGCCAUAAAAUAUUACUCACGAUGUCGGCCUGGCUUGGAAACAACGUUUCUAUAGGCAUUUCAUGUGAUGCUCUCUUAAAGAACAAACAGUACAAAGAAAUGCUUGAAUCAUUUGACGCCAGAACAGAGGGAGUCGCAAAGUUUCUUAAGUUUGUAAGAAAAGACACAAAUCCAUUCUUGUUUCCUCUGUAUGAUGUUUUCGGUCCGACAAUAACUGAACCUAAUAUUGACUAUUUGGUCGUCUCAAGAGAAACCGAACAAGGUGGAGUUAUGAUCCAAGCUAAGAGAAAGGUUUCUAAGUUAAAGCCCCUAAAAGUUUUUACCAUUAGUCUCAUAUCCAUCGAAAUUUCUGUCCAACUUGGAACUGCACAGCAAAAGUUAAGUUCAACAGAAAUCCGCAAGGAGCUGUCAAUGGUGUGUUAA